AUGUCGCUUACAGCCGCAGCAAAGCAGAUCGUGGUGGUGGUCGGAGCCGGACCCGGGUUGGGCUUCAGCGUGGCUCGCAAAUUUGCCGAGCAGGGUCACCCUGUAGCGCUUCUAUCGCGUUCCAAGGAGCGUCUAGAGUCGCUGGCUGCGCAGAUCAACAGCCUCUCGGGACAGCACGGCCAGGCAGUGGCGUACGCUGUCGACGUCCAGGAUGAAGGGUCGGUGCACAACACAAUCGAGCAGGUCCAAGAGCAUUUCUCGAGCGGCAAGGCGGGAUCAGCCCAUCAAGGUGCGGCAAUCCACACUGGCAUUUUCAACCCGGGAGGAGGUUUUGUGCGAGCCGGUUUCCUCGAUACCAAAGCUAGUCAGGUCGAGGAUGCUUUCAAGACCCAAGUAUACGGCGGCUUUGUAUUUUCCCAGGCCAUCCUCAAGGCCAUCACCUCGAGCGCUGCAUUCUCUCAAGCGAGUGACGCAAAAGUGCCGCUGGGCAAUAUCUUUCUGACGGGCGCCACGGCUUCGAUCAAAGGCAGCGCCAACUUUGCAGCGUUCGCUUCGGCCAAGUUUGGACUGCGUGCGCUCGGACAAAGCCUGGCGAGGGAGUGGGGGCCCAAGGGGAUCCACGUCUCGCACUUUAUCAUCGAUGGUAUCAUUGUCACGGAACGGACCGACGCUCUGAUCGGCAAGGACUAUGCGCCCGAGUCGCGCAUGGAUGCAGAUGACAUCGCUCAGGUGUACCUCGACACAUUCCGCCAGCCUCGUAGCGUGUGGGGAUUCGAGAUCGACCUUCGUCCUUCGGUGGAAAAGUGGUGA